AUGCAAGGAGCAUCGUUAUUAGUUACUAUUCAACAACUCAAACAACCCGGUAGUCCGCUAACAUCGCGACUUUGUGGCUAUCAAGGCAUUGGAAAAGGCAAAGAUGCCGAAACGUUAGCUAGAAUAAAGAUCAGUAACAACAAUAACAGAACGGCGACAAGAGUUGCAUCGAGCAGCCAGGAAAAAACAUCGUCUGUAAACCUGAUCCACAAAGUGGCUAUUUCCAAUGGGUACGUGACUAGAAUUGGAUCACUCGACAGACACGACUUCUCUCGAAGGCCCAACAUCGUAUAUGGCCGAGAAGAGAUUCCGUUCUGUCUACCUUACAUAUGUGAUGAUAUGACCAGAGCGGUACGUAGCUGUCUACGCAAAGUGGGUCUACAGGAUGACGUAAGGGUUGUAGGAGUACUACCAGUGAACCUCAAGUGUCAGCCGGUACAUAAUCGAGACCUCAAGUGUCAGCAGGUGAGUAUGACAGAACUCCGCACAAUUCUCAGCUGCGUGGUAUGCCCGUACGGAAAAGAGCGUAAUUGCAUGGUGUCACGAGUGAACGCGUGGUGUCAGGAGACGGCCUGUGUGUAUUCCGGUCAAGGAACAUCAAGAUGA